UCCUCCCCCGCGGGGGAGGGCGGAGUUAGCUCAGUUAUUUAUGGGGUUGUUGGCCCCUUCAGUCAAACAACUGAUCACCCGACUUCACGCGCGACUCCAUGCUCACCGGUGCCAACGUGACUCUUAUCAACGAGCAACGGUUAAACAUGUCGGUGACAGACUAUGCGUACGACCUUUUUGACAACAGUAGUGACAUCCCAGAGGGGUCCGGAGAGUUGGACCUGGAAUACCUGGAGCCAUGCGGCAGGUCUCUCAGCAGCGACUUCAGCAAGAUCUUCAUGCCCACAGUUUACGGAAUAAUAUUCGUUCUGGGGAUAAUUGGCAAUGGAUUAGUUGUUGUUGUCAUGGGCUACCAGAAGAAGGUCAAAACGAUGACGGACAAGUACCGGCUCCACCUCUCCGUGGCUGACCUCCUGUUUGUCAUCACGCUGCCCUUCUGGGCUGUGGACGCAGCGAAAAGCUGGUACUUUGGAAGUUUCCUCUGCGUGUCUGUGCACAUGAUCUACACGGUCAACCUGUACAGCAGCGUGCUGAUCCUGGCAUUCAUCAGUCUAGACAGGUACCUGGCAGUCGUGCGAGCCACGAACAGUCAAGCCACGAGGAAGCUGCUUGCGAGCAGAGUGAUCUAUGUGGGUGUGUGGCUGCCUGCGGCCAUACUGACGGUACCCGACCUGGUGUUCGCCAGGGUGCAGAACAUCGGCUCCUCCGUCCUCACGAAUGGGAGCAUGGAGACCGCAGUCUUCAAGACGAUCUGCCAGCGCUCUUACCCGGCAGAAACCUAUCUCGCGUGGACAGUUGUGUUCCGCUUCCAGCACAUCCUUGUGGGCUUCAUCCUGCCGGGCCUGGUCAUUCUCAUCUGCUACUGCAUCAUCAUCGCCAAGCUGUCUCAGGGCGCCAAGGGCCAGACGCUGAAGAAGAAAGCCCUGAAGACCACAGUCAUCCUCAUCCUGUGUUUUUUCUGCUGCUGGCUGCCCUACUGUGUGGGCAUCUUUUUGGACACCCUCAUGAUGCUGAACGUGAUCUCCCCAUCUUGUGGGCUGCAGCAGUCCGUGGAGAAGUGGAUUUCAAUCACCGAGGCUCUGGCCUACUUUCACUGCUGCCUGAACCCCAUCCUAUACGCUUUCCUGGGAGUAAAGUUUAAGAAAUCUGCCAGGAGCGCGCUGACAGCCAGCAGCAGAUCAAGUCAGAAAGCGUCUCUCAUGACAAAGAAGCGAGGCCCAAUUUCAUCCGUGUCAACCGAAUCCGAGUCUUCAAGUGUUUUGUCAAGUUAACCGACGGUCCGCCUCAGAGUCAGUGACUGGACACUCUCACGGGAGAAAAAAAGCUUUAAUUUCAAAGAACUUACUACAUUUUGUACAUAUGUACAAAGAAGAGUUUUUAUACUUUUUCACUUGUUUGACUUGAUAACGUGUGUUUCGUGAGGACUUCUGUUGCAGUUAUUGACAGAUUUUUGUUGUGUUUUAUUUUCUUGUCGGUUUUUGUUUGCUCCUCAAAGCAGAUUGUCAUUCUCAGGCUGUGCACCAUUUCCAUUCAUUCGGCUUUACAGCCCCAGUCUCUUUCUCCACGUUUUCAUCGUAGCGGUCUGCAAUGGUUUGUCAAGACCCAGGAACGCAAUGUCCUUGUCUGUUUUCAGGAACGGUAGCUGCUUUUGUAAACCUGUACAUAGUUUGUAGCAUUUUGUGUGUUCGCACUUACGUCGUGUGAUUAUCUGAAAGCUGUUAUUUAUUGCCUGUCAUAACCACUGGAAGUUUGUAAACUAAAGAAGACUGCAAGCUGCUUUUUUAAUUCGAUUUUGUAUUUCAUUUGUAAUGUAAAAAUAAAAAGAAUCAAUGGUUCUCAUA